AUGGCGGAGGGCAGGAUUGGCAUAGGAGUCUUGGUUCGAGAAUACAGCAAACUCUCUAAUCUGGAGAAGUUCUACUUUGCCUUUCCUGGAGAAAUCCUAAUGAGGAUGCUGAAACUCAUCAUUUUGCCGCUAAUUGUAUCCAGCAUGAUCACAGGUGUCGCUGCAUUGGAUUCCAACGUAUCUGGAAAAAUUGGGCUGCGUGCUGUUGCAUAUUAUUUCUGCACCACUCUCAUUGCUGUCAUUCUAGGUAUUGUGCUGGUGGUGACCAUCAAGCCUGGUGUCAGCCAGAAAGUGGGUGAAAUUGACAGGAGAGGCAGCAGCCCUGAAGUCAGUACUGUCGAUGCCAUGUUAGACUUGAUCAGGAAUAUGUUCCCUGAGAACCUUGUCCAGGCCUGUUUUCAGCAGUAUAAAACCACGCGGAAAGAAGUGAGUCCUCCCAGUGAGCCAGGGGUGAAUAUGACGGGAGCAUCUGUCACAGCCGUCAUGACAACUGCUGUUGCCAAGAAUGAAACAAAGGAAUACAAAGUCGUAGGCAUGUAUUCAGAUGGCAUCAAUGUCCUUGGCUUGAUUGUCUUUUGCCUUGUCUUUGGACUUGUCAUUGGAAAAAUGGGAGAAAAGGGACAGAUUCUGGUGGAUUUCUUCAAUGCUCUGACCGAUGCAACCAUGAAAAUCAUUCAGAUCAUUAUGUGUUACAUGCCGAUCGGUAUUUUAUUCCUGAUUGCCGGAAAGAUCAUAGAAGUUGAAGACUGGGACAUAUUCCGCAAGCUGGGCCUUUACAUGGCCACCGUCCUGACUGGGCUUGCAAUCCACUCCAUUGUAAUUCUUCCACUGAUAUAUUUCAUUGUGGUAAGAAAGAACCCUUUCCGGUUUGCCAUGGGGAUGGCCCAGGCUCUCCUGACAGCUCUCAUGAUCUCUUCCAGUUCAGCAACCCUGCCUGUCACUUUCCGCUGUGCUGAAGAAAAGAACCACGUGGACAAAAGGAUCACUAGAUUUGUGUUACCCGUUGGUGCUACAAUCAACAUGGACGGGACUGCACUCUACGAAGCAGUAGCAGCUGUGUUCAUUGCACAGUUGAAUGACAUGGACUUGAGCAUUGGGCAGAUCGUCACUAUCAGUGUCACAGCCACAGCUGCCAGCAUCGGAGCUGCGGGUGUACCCCAGGCUGGCCUGGUGACCAUGGUGAUCGUGCUGAGUGCUGUGGGCCUGCCCACUGAGGAUGUCACCCUGAUCAUCGCUGUCGACUGGUUCCUGGACCGGUUCAGGACCAUGGUGAACGUCCUUGGUGACGCCUUUGGGACGGGCAUCGUGGAGAAGCUCUCUAAGAAGGAGCUGGAGCAGAUGAGUGUUGCAUCUGACGUCAACUUCACGAACCCCUUUGCUGUGGAAACCACAGCACUCGAUAAUGAAGACUCAGACGCCAAGAAGUCCUAUGUCAACGGAGGCUUUGCCAUCGACAGAUCUGACACCAUCUCGUUCACCCAGACCUCACAGUUCUAGAGCCCUGGCUUCAGGUGACUGGGAAUGAUGAAGGACAUCUCUUAGCAAAUUCAAACAUUAAGGAAAAGAAGAACACUAAUGGCCAAUUGUACAUUUGACCUGAUACACAGACCUCCAAAUUAUUUUCUAUAUUUGGAUUCAGAGCUUUUGCUCUCUAUGUUCUGGAACUUGGGGGUGGGGUAAGAGAAAAGGAAAUUGAUGAAAAAGCAAGCUAUAUUAUCUGGAGUUUUAAAAUUCUACAAGAGACGAAGUUUAGAAGUAUAUAACAUAGCAGCUGUUGGAAUUAGGUAACAGAUGUGAAAGCGCAAUUGCUUUCUCACGCACAGACCAGUGUUUGGGGUUUUUAAAAAACUAUUCUGUCAGUGACUACAACUUUUUUACUCAGGCUUUCUAUGGCAUGGA